GAUACGGACGUCAUCCGAUGCGGUCUGCGGUUGUUUCUUUAUCCCGCGGAGAAGGCGUACUGACUCACCACUUUUACUCCCCCUGCCCGGAUGGUCCAGAGGUUAAGAUUCUCGCUUUGGGAGCCCCAAUUCUUGAAUGCGAGAGAUCCCGCGUUCGAGUCGCGGUUCGGGCCUUUUUUUGUUUCAUUCACAAUCGGUUCCUUUUGCUUCUCAGAGGGAAUAGACCGAUGGCCAGCAAGUGGUGGAUGUCGGGAUUAUGAUACCAAUGGUAGAGAAAGACCCAAUGGAGGUUCAUUAUUCUGGGGGUAGUAGUAUUGUAUAUCGUAGCAUUCCAUCAAUCUUGUUAAAAAUAGGUUGCAUAGGUAGAGAUGACACAAUUCAUUAUCGUUCGCAUUGCGAUGAUUCAU